UGUUGACUUCGCAGAAGCUGCUGUAAACAAAACCGCACUUUCUCUUUCAUACAUACUAUUACUUCACUUCCUCUCUCCUCUCUCUCUCCGCUGGCGCAAAUGUAAAGAAAAACAAAACCCAGAAAAAUGGAGAUGUCAGCCAUGGAAGAAAACUCGAGGAAGCAGCCACAACCCAUGAAACUCGUUGUUUUGGCGGACUUGAAUGUCGAUCCUCCUGAAAUUGACGAAGAAGACACAAACCCUCUUCUUUUUUCUGCUCCUUUUCCUCCAAGGUUAACAACCAAUGAUAGUAGUCAGGAAAAGUCAGCUUUGUUAGUUAGAGAAAGCAGUGAUGUUGUUGAAGGUGAAGGUAAAAGGCUAAACAAAAUGGGAAAGUGUCGUUCAAGAUCUGGGAAAGUAGAAGAUCAUCUUGACUGUGGGGUGGAUGCUGAGGGAGAUCAACAUUCUCAAGGGGCUCCGUCAUCUCGGGAAGAAAAAGUUAGCAGCCUUAAAACUGGAUUGAUACAUGUGGCAAGGAAAGCUCCAAAAAACGCACAUGCUCACUUUUUACUUGGUUUAAUGUACCAGAGGUUGGGUCAGCCUCAAAAGGCAGUGAUUGCCUAUGAGAAGGCAGCAGAAAUAUUGCUCCGGUCUGAUGAGGAUAUUGACAGACCAGAACUGCUGUCACUGGUCCAAAUGCAUCAUGCGCAGUGUCUCCUCCUAGAAACUCUUGGAGAAUGUGCUGCAGAUAAAGAACUUGAACCUGAAGAGUUGGAAGAAAUUGUUCUGAAGCUAAAGGAAUCGGUGCUUACAGAUAUUAGACAAGUACCGGUGUGGAACACUCUUGGAAUUAUUCUUCUUAAAACUGGUCGUCUAGAGAGUGCUAUUUCAGUUUUGUCUUCUUUGUCGGCCUUGGCCCCUGACAACUUGGAUUGCCUUGCAAAUCUUGGUAUUGCACAUCUGCAGAGUGGGAAUGUGGAGGCUGCCUCAAGUUGUUUUCAGGAGGUGAUUUUGAAAGAUCAAGGCCAUCCCAGUGCUCUUGUCAACUAUGCUACCGUUUUGCUGUGCCAGUAUGGUUCAGCUGUUGCAGGGGCUGGAGCCAGUUCUGGGGAAGCUAGUGCAGAGUCAGAUUCUGCUGCAGCGAUCAAUGUGGCAAAGGAAUGUCUACUGGCUGCAGUGAGAGCAGAUCCAAAAGCAGCUCAUACCUGGGCUAAUCUCGCCAAUGCAUAUGAUAUUAGUGGUGAUUAUAAAAGCUCUAGCAAGUGCUUGGAAAAGGCAGCAAAACUGGAGCCCAAUUGUAUGUCUUCCCGAUAUUCUAUUGCUGUCCACCGUAUCAAAGAUGCAGAAAGGUCACAAAAUCCUACUGAACAGCUAUCCUGGGCUGGAAAUGAGAUGGCUUCGAUACUCAGAGAAGCAGAUCCUUUGUCAAUUGAUCCUCCAAUCGCAUGGGCUGGACUUGCAAUGGUUCACCAGGCUCAGCAUGAGAUUGGAGCAGCAUUUGAAAGUGAACAGAAGGAGUUGAUGGAGGUGGAAGAGCAUGCUGUUUGCAGUUUAAAACAGGCGAUAGGAGAGGAUCCAGAUGAUGCUGUGCACUGGCACCAGUUAGGGCUCCAUAGUCUCCGCACCCAACAGUUUAAAAUGUCUCAGAGGUACCUAAAAGCUGCAAUAUCUCAAUUUAGGGAAUGCAGCUAUGCUUGGUCCAAUCUUGGCAUCUCUCUGCAACUAGCAGAAGAGCCAUCUCAAGCUGAGGAAGCUUUCAAGCGAGCCUUAUCUUUGUCUACUUCUCGGCAAGCGCAUGCAAUAUUUUCAAAUCUAGGGAAUUUCUACAGGCAGGAAAAGAAGUAUGAUUCUGCAAAAGCAAUGUUCACAAAAGCACUUAAGCUUCAGCCUGGAUAUGCUCCUGCAUACAACAAUCUAGGCCUUGUAUUUGUUGCUCAGGGUCUGCUGGAUGAAGCAAAGUUCUGCUUUGAUAAGGCUACAAAGGCUGACCCCCUUUUAGAUGCUGCCAAAUCUAACAUGGUUAAAGUUUUAGCUUUGUCCAAGAUAUGCACGAGUUUACCUUCAAGUUCAAGCAUGUUGCAAGAGUAAUUUGACUGAGGAUGUGAUCAACUGUCAUACUGGAGUGGUAAAAUGUAUAUACAUAUCUAAGAUUGUUUGGAGUAGAUGCAUUAGAUGAUCAGAAGCGAAAUUACAAUCCAGUGAGAAAGUUUGAUGGCCCCACCCAAUUAUUCAUCACCAUUUCACAUUGCUAAAAGUUGGAUGCGUAUGCUCAUCAAUGUUCUUGCUGACAAGCAACUAUAGUUUUCCCACCCAGAUUACAUUUGUGAUCAUGGUAAUUUCCUGUGAGUUGUAGCCUAAGGAUACAACAUCAGAGUUAAAUGUGGAGAUAGGGCCUCAUAUUCUCUAAAUGACGGGUAAUACAUCUAUUUUUGGUUAUCACAUGGACCAGGCAUCCAGUAGCUUUGCUGUAAGAUUCUCAUCGACAAUACCAUACAAUCAAAGGUUUGAUGUCGCAAAGAAGCUGCUCUUCACCUGCAUUUUGGUGACAUUGAGCAAAUUUUGGCCUUAGAUUUUGCUGAUGUAAUAGUAUAAAACCUGCUCAGUGAUAUCUUGUACAAAGAUGGUUUUUUUCUACUUGCUAGAGCUCGUAGAUUCAAGGGAUCGUGGGUGUACAAACCACUGGGUGAUAAUCGAUCUCUUUCCAUCGGUGCUUUGGAUCAACGUUCCGCCUUCUGCCCACGGAGUUCCCCUCUUCAGCAGGGUUAUGUCCUGUCUGGAAAACUAGGCAGCUGAUUAGAUGAUCAAGUAUGUCACAAGGGAAGAUCAUUAGGUAGCAAAUUUCACUCCAUCAUCAUAUCAGCUGACAAGAGUUGAUUCCUGCUAUUAUUAUUCAGGCGAGAAAUUUGAUGAAAUUUUAUACCUUUGUUUUCGUCGCCAUAUUAAUUAGGCAAGUAGUGAUCUUGGUUAAUCUCUUGGUUUUAUCUGCUGUAAUAUUUCUACUUUUUCUUUUUGGUGGUUGACUAGAGAAUGCAGUAAAAAAUUUCUAGCUUUGUAAUAUAUCCAUUUAUACAAUUAUUCAGCAGAACAUUUUAAUGAGUA